AUGAGGGAUCCGUUCCCUCCCAUACCUGCCUUGAGCAGGGCAGUACAGCCUUUCGCCGACAAGUACAACCUGCCAGCACUGCCCCUGCAUAUACACGAAGUCCUCUUCGCGGUCGUGUUUUACUACUUCGUCCACCUUGUUGUAUCGCCAUGGCUUUCGACAAAGUGGUUUCCCGCCUACUAUCCUAAACAACGAGGGAAAAGGGUAAAUUGGGACUCGCAUGUAGUCUCCCUCGUUCAGAGCACAUUCAUCAACAUCGUGGCGCUGUAUGUCAUGGUCUUUGACGAGGAACGCAAGCACAUGGAUUGGGAACAAAGGAUCUAUGGCUACACCGGCAUGUCGGGGUUCGUCCAGUCCAUGGCUGCUGGCUACUUCAUCUGGGAUCUGAUCACCACGGUCGUCUUCAUUGACGUUUUUGGUCUUGGCCUCCUGGCCCAUGCCUCGAGUGCUCUACUAGUGUACUCCUUCGGCUUCAGGCCGUUUCUGAACUACUACGGCUGCACCUUCAUCCUCUAUGAACUGUCAACGCCCUUCUUAAACAUCCACUGGUUCUUCGACAAACUCAAUAUGACCGGCUCCAAGGCACAGCUAUACAACGGCAUAACGCUUUUGUUCGUCUUCUUCUCGUGCCGCCUGAUCUGGGGAACUUUCCAGUCUGGUCGCGUCUACGUAGAUAUGUGGAAGGCCAUUCAUACUGGCCCGACCAUGCCCCUCUCCACGGAGACGCCCAAGAAUUCUUCGAUCGCGUACGGCAACGACGACCUCAUGGUCUUUGCCAAGGAUGCGACUCCCAUUCCGGUCUGGCUGGCCGGCCUGUAUUUCGCAAGCAACAUCGUUCUCAACUCGCUGAAUUGGCACUGGUUCUUCAAGAUGAUCAAGGCAGUCAAAAAGCGGUUCGAACCGGCCAAGGAGGCGCCCAAGGAGACUCCCAAGGAAAAGAUUGACGGCAAAAGCACGGCAACUGGCGCCCAAAUCGCUCUCGAGAAACUGGACGAGUUGCGUCGCCGCGCCAUUGCCGAAGGUGUCCCCACCAUCGAAGACGACUUGGCAGACAUGCAAUAA